AUGGGCAAGAAUGUAUCUGCACUCAUUCAGCCAGUUCCACAGAAAUGUGAAGAGCCUAGAUUAUUUACAGUACCUUGCGAGAUUGGGAGUAGUUUGUUUAAGGAUGCUAUGUUGGAUUUAGGAGCUUCAAUCAAUGUGAUGCCAAAAUCAAUUUUUCAGACUUUAGGGAUUGGAUCAUUACAACCUACAGAAAUAGUUAUUCAGUUAGCUGACCGCAGUCAGACUCAUCCAACUGGAGUUAUUGAAGAUGUAUUGGUUAAGGUGAGGGAACUUAUCUUUCCUGCAGACUUUUAUAUCCUUGAUAUGGAGGGGGACUGCCUGGCCAGUAGAUCUCCACUUAUUCUAGGACGACCAUUUUUGAAGACUGCAAGGACCAAUAUUGAUGUUCAUGCGGGCACACUUUCUAUGGAGAUAGGAGAUACAGUGGUCCAGUUCAGUAUUUUUGAUGCUAUGAAGCAUCCUAGAGCAGAUCAUUCUAUUCUCAGUUUAGAUAUUUCAGAGGAGCUGGAUAGCAUGGAUUUCUUUUCAAGGUUUGAUUCAGAUUUUGUAGAGGUUGGUCAGAGUGGUGUAUUGUCUUCAGUGUUGGAAGGUAUUUCAGCCUUGGGAGUGGAUGAUAAAUCUUGUGGAUUAUUUCUGAGUGAGAGAGAUGAAUCAUGCGUAGGGGAUUGCUUAGGAGAAGCUCUACCCCUAGGAUCGCUCAGACAAGAAGAAUUAUGUGUAGGGGAUUGCUUAGCAGCAUUACCCCUAGGAUCACCUUCUGUUGAUCAGAAACAGGAAGUUUUGAAUCCAUUGCCUCAACAUUUGAAGUAUGCUUACCUGGGAGAGAAUCAACAGUUGCCUAUCAUCAUAGCUCAGAAUUUAGAACCAGAAUAA